CAUUUUUCUAGAUGAAACUGCGAUCAUCACCACUGGCAGUGACAGCAAGUUUCAAAUAUAUUUGUGAAUUGUGAGAAAGGGACGAAGAUGUCUCUCAGAUCGAUUUGUAGCCGAUGUUUGCAACUAAGGGUGCUAGAGUCCUACAAUCCCGUGGUAAGAUGGCGAAAGCCUUCCCUAGCUACUUGGAGAAAGUUAUCAUCGCUGAUGAAAAUAUCAAACCGGUCAUUUUAUAUCUUGACUGGCGAAUCCCAAGAUGAAGCACAUUCAACAGACAGAUCGUCAAUGGACCGUGAGGAGGUCAACAAAUUCCAGCAAUUAUCACAUGAGUGGUGGAAUGAAACUGGCAACAUUGAAGCACUUCAUCUUUUGAAUAAACUUAGGGUGCCGUUGAUUCGAGAUGGACUGUUAGGUGGUCGACCCAUGAAAAACUCCACACCAUUGAAAGGCAUGGAGAUUUUGGACGUUGGCUGUGGUGGGGGAAUUCUUUCUGAGCCACUUGCAAGAUUGGGUGGUAAUGUGACUGGAAUAGACAUGGCUGAUGAUUUAUUGGAUGUUGCCGAGUUUCAUUCUCUCCAUGACCCUGCUGUCUGUAAAAAUCUCAGGUACAUCUGUGGAGAAGUGGAGAGUCUUGUUGCUACGGAUAUUGAGAAAUAUGAUGCCGUUGCAUCCGAGGUGUUGGAACAUAUCAGCGAUUUAAGUUCAUUCUUACAAAGUUGCUGUGAUCUGGUUAAGCCUGGUGGUUCAAUAUUUGUUACCAGUAUCAAUAAGACAGCAAUAGCGUAUGCAUUUGCAGUGGUGGCAGCAGAAGCUUUCAAUAUCGUACCAAAAGGUUCUCAUAACUGGGAUAAACUGGUCAGUUUACAAGAAUUAAAGUCACUAUUGGAAAGAUAUGGAUUUGUGAUUCGCCUUGUCCAUGGUAUUAUUUAUGAUCCAGUAUUUAAGAAGUGGUCAUGGAUUUCAAAUACAAGUUGUAACUUUGCAAUCCAUGCAGUAAAGAGUGAUUUUAAAGAACCUGAGAUUGGUGAGCCAAUCGCAGAAGAGAACAUAGAAACAUUGCAAGAUGACGUGAACACUGAAAAAUAG